UUGGGAUAUAUUAUCCCGGUCCGUUACUGUUCAGGAGCCCAAGACUUGAUAUAGUACGGAGUCCGUCUGGUAAGGCCCGUUUCGGCCCAUUCUGGCCAUCCGGCCCACCUUGGCCCAGUAGGCCCGUAUUUGGCCCAUUAGGGUGGAGAGCACCUUUCCCCUUUUCCCUAUAAAUAUGAGGCUUCCCUUCAUGUUUUGGGGAUCCCUUUUAGCUUCUUCUUCCUUAUUUCUCUCUAGCUAGCUCUCUAGAUUAGAUGAUACUCCAUGAAUUGGAGCUUCAAUACUUGUACUAUGUAAUGGUGAGGAGAGACUAAUGAGAAUGAGAGGGCUUGGACAUUAGCCUAAAAAGUCCCGUGGUUUUCUCCCUUUCGGGUUUCCACGUAAAAACUGAGUGUUCAUACAUAUAUUUAUUAUAUCGUGUUGGAUUAAACUCAACACUGGCGCCGUCUGUGGGAAUCUGUCCAAAAAGAUUCAUGUGUUCUACUGUUCUUGAGUUUUCUACAAAAAAAAUUCAUACGAAAAGCUACUGACUUCAGCUUGAUUUUCCACAAAAGAGAUACAGAAAAUGGACUGAUUUUCGACAAGGGAAGAAAGAGGGAAAAGAUUCUGAAAGUAAGAAGCAAAACAAGGAAAAAAGAAAAGGUAAUUUCGAAAAUCUGGGUUUCGUAGCAAGGCUGAGAGGAGGAUGAAUAAUCCGGAAUUUUUGGGAUAUUGAGGUUUACGGAUCUGGAAGGGGGUCGCCAGGGCUGCCGGAGCCGCCGGGAAAAGCCGUCACUUUCCCCUACUGCGUCGUGCUCCGCGGAAACUCACCCUCCUGUUUCCAGACCUCGCCGCACCGGAGCCGUGUCUGGGUGAUUCGGGCUGAGAAUUCGCCGCCGCUGCUCCGCCAUAGCCGCCAUCCCCGCCGCCAGUAGAUGUCCGGCACGUACUGUCGACCUUCCGUUGGCGGAUGAAUAUUGCAUCUGCCUUAGGGUACUCUGCAUCUACUUCCCUUGGUGCCCAGCGGUCCACGUCCAUGGAGACAAAGACAGUCAGAGGACGACCUGCACUGCCGGCCUUAGUGGGAUGUUCAUCUGCCUCCCCAAAGGAUGCUCUUUACUUGGAUGGAGGCUGACCACGUAGCCAAACUCUGGGAGUUAACAGUAAGGGCGAGUGGAGCACCGUGUUCUAUUGGGAAAAGUCAACCAUCUCACUUGAUUUGUGGGAACUGCUACGGAGUACUUCGUACAUUUCAAGCGAGCUACAGAGAGCUAAGUAUCACACAUACUUUCUCUUUUACUAAUUAAUUAGUGUAAAAUAUUAGUAUUGCUAGUAUUUUUAUCACCAUUAUUUAUUAGGGAAUAGAAUCUCCCGAAAUUAAAUAAUGUCGAGUAAUGCUCUAGUGAUAACUAGUUUCACCGUCAUUUAAAUUUAAUGACUGGUUGUUGUGGGCCCGUCGGCCCGCCCCUGAUCGGCUUUAAUUAGCGGGUGGAGCAUACCGGAAUGGCCUUUGAUAGGAUAACAUCAUUGCUAUUACCUGUUACACCAUUAUUAUUUAUUAGGGAUAAAAAUGUCCCGAAUUAAAUAAUGUGGAGCGAAGCUCUGGUGAUGGUUGGUUCAACCAACAUUUUAUUGAAUAUUUAAUUUCUUGUGGGCCUGUUGGCCCACUCUCGAUCAGCGUGAUUAAGUGAUCCGAGCGUCUUCAGAAGGGCGAUGCCCCGACGACGCAUUUUAAUUUGAGGGUUGCGCGUUAGUCCGCCCGGCACCAAGUGCCCGAUCGACGAUCAUACCCCAAUGUAGUCUACGCCAUUAGGCGUAUUGCCGAACGUGGCCUAUGGGGCCCGAGGGCACCAAAGCACUCAACCUCGUUUUUCCGAGGGCAGUGCGACCAACUUGGGUCUGAGUUUGAAAACUCACAGACCGAUGAAUAUCUCUAUGUGACGUUCGGCGGGCUGCUAAUUGGCCCCGCCGCGAGCUGUUACGUCCAUUAAACCCGCACGAUGAGCCGGGCCGAGGGUCACGAUGACCCAUAGGCCGGUAAUCGUGGGUGUUAGAGAGAAGGCCAUGCAGAUGGUUAUGUGUGCAUAUUUAUUGUCGGGCCGUGCGGCCCGUUAUCAUGCUUAUUGCGCAGCUGAAGCCGCUCGACGCGUUCGAGCGAAAUGAUUAAAAGACGUUUAGGGCCAACUAAAGUGGAGACCAUCACGGCUGAGAGCCGAUGGACGAGCAUCUCCACCCAGAGGUCGAGGGCCUAGAGGAGACCACCACGGUUGAGAACCGUGGGACGAGCAUCUCCACCCCAGAGACCGAUGGCCUAGGAAGAACACCUAGAGGCCGAGGGUCUAGAGGCGAAUGCCAUGACAGAGAACCGUGAGACGAUCACCCGUCAUUCAGAGGCCGAGGGCCUAGAAGAGAUCGUCAUGGCCGAGGGCCGUCUGACGCCAUCAUUACAUCAUGACCGGCCCCUUGGCACGGCAUGAUCAUCAUAUUUGAAGACCGGCCUCGUCCCCGCACUGCGUGGAUGAGGACCGUUGCUUGAUUUCAGGUCGGCCUCUCAUUGCCGACACCAUUAUAUCACGACCGGCCUCCCGGCUCGGCGUGCUUUCCAUAUUUGAAAACCGGUUUCAUCCCCGCUCCUCGCGGAUGACGGCUGUCGCUUGUUUUCUCAGAUCGGCCUCUCAUCGUCGAUGUUAUUAUAUCACGACCGGCCUCCCGACACGGCGUGUUUAUCUUUUGAAGACCGGCCUUGUCCCCGCCCCUCGCGGACGAGGACCAUUGCUUGAUUCUUUCAGGUCGGCCUCUUGCUGCCGACACUAUCAUGUUAUGUUCGGCCUCUCGGCACGACAUAUUUAUCUUUUGAAGACCGGUUUCAUCCCCGCGCUGCGUGGAUGAGAGCCGUUGCUUGGAUAUAUCGGUCUGAUCGGACACUAUUGUCAUCUCCUUAUCAGGACCGACUGCUCAGCGGCAUUAUGAUCAUUGUUUAUCGGCUCCCAAUGCCGACUUUCUUGAGUUAGCGAUCGGGCUCACGACUCCCCUCCAGGAGGGUGACCAUCGCCUCGCAUGACGACCAGCUAUUCCAUCGCCUCGUCAUUUUAUUCGUUUUUGUAUCCCACCACCAUUAUGUGUGACAUCACUUGUGGUCAUUCUUAGAACCGAUGAACGUAUUUUCCUCCCUCAAAAAAAAGGAAAAAAAAAAAAGAAAAGAAAAAAAAAAGAUGGGGAGAAGGGGAGACGAGAUCCUAUGAGAGAGGGAGUCUUGACGAGGUAUGCCUGAUCUUCCUUCGCCGCGUAUGACGAACGUCUCCCGACGCGGAGGCUAGUAGGAAUGUGGGGGGGGCUAGACGUACCAAAGGGAACCUCGACAAGAUAAACCAGUUCCUCCCAUGACCCGUGGUUCGAUGAACACCUUCCGCCAAAGCAGAAGGCUAGUAGGGCCACGAGCAUGGGACGACGAAGCAGGGAAUCCCGACGUGGAUAAACCUGUUCCUCCUUGCGAUCGUUGGAUGACCGAACGUCUUCUUCGAAGUAAGAAGAUUAGUAGGACCACGACAGGGACGAACGAAGAAUAGGGAAUCCCGACGUGGAUAAACCUGUUCCUCCUUGCGAUCGUUGGAUGACCGAACGUCUUCUUCGAAGUAAGAAGAUUAGUAGGACCACGACAGGGACGAACGAAGAAUUGGGAAUCCCGACGUGGAUAAACCUGUUUCUUCUCAUAGUUGGGAUGACGAACGUCUCCUGCGAAACCAGGGGACCAGUACUCACGAGACUUGGGAAGAACAAAGAUCGAGUUCUUUACCGGAGUCUGAUUGCGUGCCGAGUGUACACCGCUUAGCGGUCCGUACAUAGGACCACGGAUACGGUAGACGAACGAAGACCAGCCCCAUGGGUCAGACACGCAGGACAAGUUCUCCACCGGAGUCUGUUGCGUACCGAGUGUACACCGCUUAGCGGUCCGUACAUAGGACCACGGAUACGGUAGACGAACGACGAUUAGCUCCCCAGAUCAGGUAGGAGGGACAUCGCCCGGAUUUAUUUCAGGCUCACCAUUCCUUCCCGGAUGGAGUCCUGGCAGACGAUCGGCUUCUCACAGCCAAUCAGGAGAGAGACUUGACACAUCACCAGCACGGCCGAGGGCCGCGAGAGGCCGAGGGCCAUGAGAUGAUCAUCACUAUUUUUAUGCAUCACGAUCGGCCCCUCAGCGCCAUCGUGUCCAGAUUCACGGUUCGGAUCGCUCAUUUCCCUCCAGGAUGGCGACGACCGUCUUAUGCAGUACGAUCGGCCCCUCAGCGCCAUCGUACCCAGCUCACGUUCAGCUCGUCCAUCCCUUCCAGGGUGGCGACGAACGUCUUAUGCAUCACGAUCGGCCCCUCAGCGCCAUCGUGUCCUGAUUCACGGUUCGGAUCGCCCAUUCCCUCCAGGAUGGCGACGACCGUCUUAUGCAGUACGAUCGGCCCCUCAGCGCCAUCGUACCCAGCUCACGUUCAGCUCGUCCAUCCCUUCCAGGGUGGCGACGAACGUCUUAUGCAUCACGAUCGGCCCCUCAGCGCCAUCGUGUCCUGAUUCACGGUUCGGAUCGCCCAUUUCCCUCCAGGAUGGCGACGACCGUCUUAUGCAGUACGAUCGGCCCCUCAGCGCCAUCGUACCCAGCUCACGUUCAGCUCGUCCAUCCCUUCCAGGGUGGCGACGAACGUCUUAUGCAUCACGAUCGGCCCCUCAGCGCCAUCGUGUCCUGAUUCACGGUUCGGAUCGCCCAUUUCCCUCCAGGAUGGCGACGACCGUCUUAUGCAGUACGAUCGGCCCCUCAGCGCCAUCAUACCCAGCUCACGUUCAGCUCGUCCAUCCCUUCCAGGGUGGCGACGAACGUCUUAUGCAUCACGAUCGGCCCCUCAGCGCCAUCGUGUCCUGAUUCACGGUUCGGAUCGCCCAUUCCCUCCAGGAUGGCGACGACCGUCUUAUGCAGUACGAUCGGCCCCUCAGCGCCAUCGUACCCGGCUCACGUUCGGAUCGCCCAUUCCUUCCAGGGUGGCGACGAACGUCUUAUGCAGCACGAUCAGCGCCUCUGUGCCAUCGUGUCUGGCUCAUGUUCGGCUCGCCCAUCCCUUCCAGGAUGGCGACGAACAUCUCUUAUGCAGCACGAUCAGCGCCUCUGUGCCAUCGUGUCUGUCUCAUGUUCGGCUCGCCCAUCCCUUCCAGGAUGGCGACAAACAUCUCUUAUGCAGCACGUCUGCCUCCCGGUGCUGACAUGCCCGGUUUAUCGAUGAGAGCCACCGCUUUCUAUCACAUCUCACAUUCUUUCUCUCAUACAUUGCACCCAUACAUUACAUGCAUUCAUGCAUUCAUGCAUCAUACCUCAUACAUUCAUACAUAUACACGUGCAUCAUGUUUUGACAGUACCGCGACGUCGGUUUAUAGAUGCAUGGACCUCUAAGCUUCUCCGAUUGGAAAGCUCGAGUCAGAGUGCUUUACUCCCGCCUGAUGCAUUCAGGGGGAGUGUGCCCGUAGAGGAGCACCCUUCGCCCGACCCCGUCGAGAAGGGGGGGGGUGCCUCACCGGCAGAUUAUGUUCAGGAGUGCAGACACCCACUCAUAUAUUAUGAUUACUUGAAGACACAGGUUCCAGCCAGGCAGAGGUAGAGCGCAGGCAAGAAUAUACUUUCUCGAGCAGAUUCGCGCACUCACUACUCAAGAAACUGGGGGACUUGUGUUGGGAUAUAUUAUCCCGGUCCGUUACUGUUCAGGAGCCCAAGACUUGAUAUAGUACGGAGUCCGUCUGGUAAGGCCCGUUUCGGCCCAUUCUGGCCAUCCGGCCCACCUUGGCCCAGUAGGCCCGUAUUUGGCCCAUUAGGGUGGAGAGCACCUUUCCCCUUUUCCCUAUAAAUAUGAGGCUUCCCUUCAUGUUUUGGGGAUCCCUUUUAGCUUCUUCUUCCUUAUUUCUCUCUAGCUAGCUCUCUAGAUUAGAUGAUACUCCAUGAAUUGGAGCUUCAAUACUUGUACUAUGUAAUGGUGAGGAGAGACUAAUGAG